AUGCAUUCUUCCACGUGGACAUCCCUGCUUUUACUCGGACUGGCAAAUUUGGUGCCUGAACCUGGCAAGGCAAUCUACACCAUCAGCAACGGGGCGCAGAACAGUGUGAUUGCUUUGCCCAUCAACAGCAACGGGUUGCUUUCCCAGGGUACAAGCACUCCAACAGGAGGUGCGGGUUCCAAUGUCUUGGUUGUAAAUGGCAACAAGAAGGAGCCUGCUAGUCCUGAUGCUCUGGUUUCUCAGGCGGCUUUGACUGUAGCUGGCAACUUCUUGUUUGCUGUCAAUGCCGGAUCUAAUACGGUUACCAUGUUUGCAAUUGAUCCGCAGCAUCCAACGAAGCUCACCAUGCUCGGGAAGCCAAUCCCUGUCCCCGGUGAAUUUCCCAACACUGUUGCGGCAUCGGCAAAGAACCAGCUGGUUUGCGUCGGAUCAACUGGUGCAAAGUCCGGCAUCUCUUGCGCAUCCUUCUCUGCACGCGGAAUUGGCAAGAUGGACCAGCUCCGCCCGGUUGGCUUGAACCAAACUACGCCGCCUGUUGGACCUCCCAGCACCAUUUCCCAGGUCUUCUUCUCUGGAGAUGAAGAGACUCUGUUCGCCACCGUCAAGGGCAACCCUGCAACGAACACUGCGGGAGUCUUGGGCGUCUUCCCCGUGGACCAGCCCUGUGAUGCUCGUGACACUGCCUCUGUCAGCGAGGAAGGCAAGUUGACUUCGGUGGAUGGCACCAUCGUUGUGUUCGGUUCAUCCCCUAUCCAGGGAUCCACAGAUCUUUUCGUGACCGACGCGGCGUUUGGAGCAGCUAUUCUGUCUGUUGACGCCGAAACCGGUGCCGCAAGUGUCAAGAACAAGGCCACCAUCGAGGGCCAGAAAGCUACAUGCUGGGUAGCCAUUUCUCCCGACACAAACACUGCAUUUGUCACAGACGUUGGCCUUGACCGCAUCGUGGAGGUGUCUUUGACCGAUGCCAGCAUCAAGUCCGUCACGGAUCUCAGUGCCAACGGCGACCCAGGCUUGAUUGAUCUCCGAGCUGCUGGCAGCUUCGUUUACGCCUUGAGCCCUGGCAACGGAACUACUCUGCCAGCUGUGACUGUCAUGGAUGCGAGGAGCAAGAAGCAGAUUCAGCAUUUCCAAUUGAAGGGGCUGGGCGCGAGCAAGAACACUCAAGGUGUCGCUGUGUUGGUGUAG